AUGCGGUGCGCAAGCGGCGACGUGUCGCGUCGGCUGGAGUACGAGUUAUCAAGCGGGGUCUUCCAGGUGCCUUCUGCAUCUUCGAACGGAGGCUCCGAUACUGAGACAGACAGUGAGGGCCCGUUCGAUCGCGGUCGCGCAUAUGACCACAGUCCCGUGCGGACAUCGCACAACGGCGCCCCCGCCAAGCGGUCGUUUCUGGAAUCCAGCCCCCACCCUCUACGCAGGGCAUCGUCGGACGAGGGCCGUGCGCCCCGUCGGGGAUCGUUCACCCGCUCGAGGUCGCCUGUAGUGAGGAUAGGCAACGGCACCAGGCCUUCGCGCCCGCAGAGAACCCCGUCUUCGUCGAUCAUCGCGCGGCACAAGGCAACAAGGGUCAGAUACAUCUUACCCGCGACGCUCGAUUUGCCGGUCUUGUCCUGGCGGGCAAAGUCGAAGGUGUCCGUCGACGCGAGGAGCUCGGCUGAAAGCACCUUGCUGCUCUGCUCCCUUCUGUAUGCUGCUUGGCAGAUUUCCCAAUUCGAGCGAGGCGCUGCCGAUGCAUGGCUUGUCACAGAACUGCUCGGACUCUUCGCCAUCACAGUUGUCUAUCUGAUAUGGACUCGCUGUAUCAUCACGAGCACCCUCGUAUACCCGCCACCACCACCUCAACCCCCUGCUCGGCCGCAAUCGCCUCGCGUGCCCGAUUUCCGCGAAAGCAGACGCGGCAACUCGCUCCCGAUACAACUUCCUGUGGUCCGUCAAGAGUUCUUCGGCUUCAUCUGGAUGUCGGUACCCAAAAACUAUAGAGCGUCCUCCGACGAUGGUAUCCUUUCCGCCCUCCUCAUCGGGCCUUUGCUUGCCUCGGGCAUACUCUGCAACACCUUGCGUCUCCGAGCCCGACAUGGGCCCUCAUAUAACCCUGUACCCCCCGCGUGGCGCAUCGAGCCCCCUGCCGUUCUGGCUUCCUCCACGGGCGCUCACUCAUACACGGCCCUAGAAGCGCUUGUCGCGUCCGGACGCAACCUCGUCGACCUCUCAACGCUCCUCGCCGCGAUCCUGCUGACGCAUGUAUGCGCAUCGUGGUGGGCCGAGGAGUGGUACCGUCGCAGGACAGCGCUUGCCGAGGGUGAGCGUGGGACGGUCCCUCGCAAGGAAACGAAGAAGGCCGGUUUGUAUAUUGCGUUUGCUCUCGCGGUUUCUAUCGGGAUGCUCGUUCUGCAGGCAGUCAUGCCGCUGGCGGGGCUCGGCUUGUGGCAAAAUCUUAGCUAUGUGGACGUCUUGUUCAGCUCGGUGUUCUUCCAGGCGACCUUGUACGUCGCGAUACGUCUUGCGCAUCAGGGAUUCACCCUCGGCGAGCUGGGACUGUUCGCGACUGGGGCCACGAUUCUUUUCAUGGAGCUCACGAACCUAACAAUCGCCAAGAUCUGGCCUGGGACGACGCUCUUCAUCAAGACAUAUCGAGCGCCGACCCCGCUGCUGAUCUACCAGCUGGCUCUUCUCCCGGGCUCGCUGCUUACGGGCUUCCUUCUCUCGCCCAUCCUCGUCCUCUCGCGCCGCCUCGCACGCCAGCCCGCGAAGCGCCUCCGCCAGGGCGCCCCCGCACACCUCAAGCAGCGGCGGCUGGUCGCGCUGGCGUUCUAUGCCGGCGCGGUGCUCAUCAUCGGUGGCGUUAUCGGUAUCUGGACGCAGUGGUGUAUGGGCGGACGAAACCCGUGGACGUGGGCCGUGUUCUGGGUGCUCAAGGGGCGAAGAAAGUGGAGCCGGCCGGCGCUGCUGACCUACUGGGGCCUGCUCGGGAUCAUCAGCGUCGCAGGCUGGACGCGGCAGCUCGCACGCUCGCGGCGGUAUCGCCCGAUGAGCACGAAUCAGGGCCAGGCGCCAGGGCCGGGCGAGGCCACGUCCUCUUUGACGGGAUCGAUGUUUACGGAGAGGGAAGACGUCGCGAAGGCGUCGUCUCCGGACACGUCUGUGCCGUCGACGCCGCCCACUGGCGGAUCGUUGUCGCUCACGCUGCCCAACUUGUCCAACUUGCCCAAUCUUCCGAACCUGCCCAACGGGACGGGCAUGAGUCAGGCGGCGACGGAACUCCUGGACGCGGCGGACAAACGUGUGCCGACGCUAUCGCUGAAUGCGCGUAGGAAGUUCUUCCAUGCGCUGGCUGUGGCGAUGUUUCUGCCUGGACUGGCGAUCGACCCGGCCUUCACUCAUCUCUCGUUCUCGGCGGCCUUUGCAUUGUUCACGUUCGCGGAGUACGUGCGCUAUUUCGCGCUGUAUCCACUCGGCGCGGCGGUACAUGUGUUCCUGAACGAGUUCCUGGACGACAAGGACGCCGGUACCGCGAUCCUCAGCCAUUUCUACCUCCUCACGGGCUGCGCGGGCAGCCUGUGGUUUGAGCCGUCGUCGCAACUUCUUCAGUACACCGGUGUACUGGCACUGGGGGUGGGAGAUGCCGUGGCCUCGAUUGUGGGUAAACGCAUUGGAAGGAUCCGGUGGUCCCCGACGACGCCGAAGACGCUCGAAGGCAGUACGGCCUUCGUGUUGAGCGUCGUCAGUUCCGCCUGGUUGCUGAGGGUUGCCGGAGUCGCGGAAGCGUUCUCGACUUGGCGGUACUCGGGCGUGGCGGUCCUAGCUUCGCUUCUGGAGGCGCUCAGUGUGCAAAACGACAACCUGACGUUACCGCUGUACAUGUGGACGAUGUCGAAACACGCGCCGCGGUCUGUCUGGAUAACGGGGCUCACCAAGUCUAUGGGUGUUGGCAAAGAAGCAUCUUCGGAUGCUUUCGACAAUCUGGACCGCGUCAGGGAUCUCGAGCUCUAA